AUGUGCACCUUCUCAGAAACAAUUACAAGCCUGACUUCAGGUGUCUCCGAAUGCACCUUGAAAACAAGCCCAGGGAUUCUGGCUUAUGUCUUGCAGAGUCAUGAAGAAGAUGACAGGAAGGUAAGGAGGAGAGAAAAGAACCGAGUGGCUGGCCAGAGGGGCACUGAAAGGAAUGUUUUGACUCUGACUAGGCUUUCUGUUUUUCUCUUCUUCCAGGAAUAUGAGUCUCUCGAGCAAGAAAAUACCUCUCUGAGAAGAGAAAUUGGAAAGCUAACAGAUGAAAUGAAACACUUGAGUGAAGUGUUGAAGGAUCAUGAGAAGAUCUGUCCACUAUUGCACUGCACCAUGAACUUUGUGACCGUACCAAGGCCUGAUGCACUCACCAGCUGCCUGCCGAGAUGA